AAUUUCCGGUGAAUGAAUAAUAUAACCUAAAAAUCACAAACAUAAUAAUAGAUCAGCGGCGGUAUUUAAUAACAGAAUAUAAUACUCGAUAUAUAUAUAUGAUUGAUAAUUGAUUGUCUGCGGCGGGCCAUUGAUCGAUUGUUAAGAAAUGGAUGGUGGCAAUGAAAGGGACGACGAUGAGAUAGAAUACGUUAGUUACGGCGGUGAACAUCAUUUACCGCUGAUUAUGCGGCUUGUUGAUGAAGAACUUAGUGAACCUUAUUCCAUCUUUACCUAUCGUUACUUUGUUUAUCUCUGGCCCAAUCUCUCCUUCCUUGCAUUUCAUAAGGGGAAAUGUAUAGGAACUGUUGUAUCGAAAAUGGGAGAGCAUCGGAAUACGUUUAGAGGUUACAUUGCUAUGCUUGUCGUGCUUAAACCUUACCGUCACAAAGGCAUUGCUACAGAACUUGUGACUAGAUCCAUUAAAGUGAUGAUGGAAUCGGGUUGUGAAGAGGUAACGUUGGAAGCGGAAGUUACAAAUAAGGGGGCCCUUGCAUUAUAUGGCCGUCUUGGUUUUAUAAGAGCAAAAAGGCUUUUUAGAUACUACUUGAACGGUGUUGAUGCUUUUAGAUUGAAGCUGCUAUUUCCUCGUCCAGAAUUACCACCCUCUCACCUCAAUGUUCAUUCCCAGUCCCACUUGGUGGUGCCGCCAGUUCUUGAGAAUUAUGGAGCAAAUGAAACACAAAAAGAUUGGUCCUUAAAUUAGGUUCAGGAUAGAAGUUCUAUUUAGGAAGCAAGAUAUAUUGUACCUUUUGCUGGACUUGUAGGCAGGUAAGGAUCAAGGACGUGGUUAUGCUUACCCAUUAUAAAGUUCAUUUGUCAGACUCUA